CGCCACACGAACCUUGUGGUAAUCAGACGUGAACAUGAAAGUCCUGGUUGCUCUGGUUGCUCUGCUGGCAGUGGCGGUUGCCACGCCGGCCGUCCCGCCCAGCAAGGUUGUCUGCUAUUACGACAGCAAGAGCUACGUACGAGAAUUCGAGGGAUGCAUUUAUCCAGCUCAAGCACGUAUGCUGCCAUUGGAUCUGGAUCCAGCUUUGUCGUUCUGCACUCACCUUGUAUAUGGAUAUGCAGGAAUUCAACCUGACACCUAUAAAAUGGUCUCACUCAAUGAGAACUUGGACAUUGACCGCAACCACGCCAAUUAUCGUGCUCUCACCAACUUUAAGACCAAAUACCCAGGACUUAAGGUCUUGCUCUCAGUGGGUGGUGAUGCCGACACCGAGGAAGAACAGAAGUACAAUUUACUGCUGGAGUCUCCACAAGCCCGUACAGCUUUCGUAAACUCUGGUGUACUCUUGGCAGAGCAGCACGGCUUUGAUGGUAUUGAUCUUGCUUGGCAGUUUGCUAGAAUCAAACCCAAAAAGAUCCGCUCAACUUGGGGAUCAAUCUGGCACGGAAUAAAGAAAACGUUUGGCACUACCCCCGUCGAUGAGAAGGAAGCGGAGCACAGAGAAGGCUUUACUGCUCUUGUUCGUGAAAUGAAGGCUGCUCUCAACCUAAAACCAAACAUGCAAUUGUCUGUCACUGUGCUUCCCAAUGUCAACGCUACCAUCUACUACGACGUACCUGCUAUUAUAAACUUAGUGGACAUUGUGAAUAUCAAUGCGUUUAACUACUACACUCCAGAAAGAAAUCCAAAGGAGGCUGACUAUACUGCACCUAUUUACAAACCUCAAGGCCGCAAUGAACUUUUAAAUGUUGAUGCCGCUGUAAAUUACUGGCUUCAAGCAGGUGCCCCUAGUUAUAAAAUUGUUGUGGGUGUCGCCACCUACGGCCGCACAUGGAAACUAAACUCCGACAGCGAAAUUUCUGGAGUCCCACCUAUCCAUGCUGAAGGACCUGGGGAAGCCGGUCCCUACACGAAAAUUGAAGGAUUGUUGAGCUAUCCCGAAGUUUGUGCUAAACUCAUUAAUCCCAAUCAUCAAAAGGGUAUGCGUCCUCAUUUAAGGAAGGUCUCUGAUCCAAGCAAGCGUUUUGAAAUGGGCUUAACGAAGGAUGGCGACUUUUUUGGAACUUAUGCUUUCCGUGUUCCCGACGACAAUGGUGAAGGUGGUUUUUGGGUAAGCUAUGAAGAUCCUGACACUGCAGGACAGAAGGCUGUGUAUGCUAAAUCAAAGAAUCUUGGAGGUGUUUCAAUUUCUGAUCUCUCUAUGGAUGACUUCCGGGGUCUAUGUACAGGUGACAAGUAUCCCAUUCUUCGCGCUGUAAAAUACCGUGUAUAAGCUGUAUAAUAAUUAUGACUAAAAUAAGUUAUGAGAUACGAUCACUAAAAUAAGAUAGUGAAACAUUGUACUAUUAUUGUCAUAUUUUCAGGAAUUAUCUACUAGAAAUGAAAGAUUUUAUUAUUCUAGUUAUUGUGAACCUAUAUUAAAAUUAACUUUGAUAUUCUUCAGUAAUAUUUAUGAUAAUUUUUCAACAAUAAUUUUGACACCCUCAAUAUAUGAAUGUAUUUUAUCUAAUUUUAAGCAAAAUAAUAAAAACUAUCUAGAAAUUGCC